AUGGAGCCGAAGACUUCGAGAAAGUCGCGGGGCCACGCGCGUCCGUCGCCCGGUCCGGUCCCGACCCGACCCGCCGAGUCCCGCUUCAAAGAGUCGUCGGGUUGGCCGCUCUGGCUCUUCCCCGGCGCCGCGGGCCUCCGCAGCGCGCUGCUCCGGAGGCUGGAGACGACGCGCCAGGUGUGCUGCAGGCUGGGGCGCCUGGUGGUGCUGGAGCGCGGCGGGGCCGGCGUCGAGGUCCACCCGUUGCCUGCGGACCGCGACGGCGCCAGGAAGCCCAAGUGCAUUAAGUUAGGAAGAAAAAUGAAGAUCCAUUCCAUGGACCAAGGCGCUGAGCACCUGCUGAUUCUAUCCUCAGAUGGAAAGCCAUUUGAGUACAACUACAGCAUAGAACAUGCAAGGUUUCAAAGUAUUUUACAAGAAAAAAUUAUAAUUCAGAUCACAUGUGGAGAUUAUCAUUCUCUUGCACUAUCAAAAGGUGGGGAGCUUUUUGCCUGGGGACAGAACUUGCAUGGCCAGCUCGGAAUUGGAGAGAUGUGUCCCUCAGUCCCUGUCCCACAGAUUGUGGAGCACCUCGCUGGAGUCCCCCUGCUUCAGAUCUCUGCGGGAGAAGCCCACAGCAUGGCCUUAUCCAUGGCCGGAAAUACCUACUCCUGGGGAAAAAAUGAUAUGGGGCAACUAGGCUUGGGCCACACUCAGAAUGAAGAUUCCCCUUGCCUCAUUGAAGCACUGGACAACCAGAAAAUUGAGUUUGUGGCUUGUGGAGGUUCCCACACUGUCCUGCUCACACAGGAUGGGAAGCUAUUUACUUUUGGCGCUGGAAAAUGUGGACAACUUGGUCACAACUCAAAGCGGAAUGAACUAAAACCCCGAUUGGUGACUGAGCUUGUUGGGAAGAGAGUGACCCAGAUAGUAUGUGGGAGAUGGCACACACUUGCCUAUGCUGCUGGUUUGGGAAAGGUCUUUUCCUUUGGUUCUGGAAAAGAAGGACAACUGGGAAGCCGUGGGACACAGAAUCAGCUGAUACCACGCCCCAUGAAACUGUCACCCAAUGGAGAACUCAAAUUUGAAAGUAGAACCUCAGAAAAGGAAUUAAUAAUGAUUGCUGGAGGGAAUCAAAGCAUUUUGCUCUGGAUGGACAAAAAGAAUUCCUAUGUUAAUUUGCGAAGGAAAAUUCCUACAAUGAAUGAAAGCACAAUAAAGAGAUGGAUUGCUGAUGUGGGGACUAAGCAGUGGCAGAAUACAAAAAGGGAAAUUCGAGAGAUAUUUACAUCUUCUGCUUGCCUGACUGGAAGUUUUUUAAGACAAAGACUAGCUGUAGAACCCACGUCUGUUCACUUGGACUUAAAUAUAGCAAGAAGUGCCUUUAAGGAGCUAACCCAAAAGGACUGGAUCACUAACACGAUUACUACCUGUCUCCGCGAUAAUUUGCUCAAGAACCUUCCAGUUCAUUCUCCACACAAAGAAGCCCUGGAAAUUUUCUUCAUUCUCCCAGAAUGCCCUGUGAUGCAUGCUUGUAACAACUGGGAGAGUCUGGUGAUUCCAUUUGCAGAUGCUAUUUAUAAGUUGAGUGACCAGUCAUCAAUGGUUCUAGAGGAGUAUUGGACAACUCUGCCAGAAGCUGCUUUCAGCCGGGUAGUGCAGAUGGUCAGAAGCGCCGUUGCCUCUCGGCUGCGUUACUGGACUGAGAGCGCUGAGAGUAACCAUCAGGUCAAAGUUCUUCUGGAGGUGCUAAAAAAGCUGCACAGGGUAAAUCAGACUACAUGCCAAGUGCCUGAGGAAGAGUUUGUGGUGGAUGAACUCUUGGACUGGCUCAACUUUUAUGGAGAAGCCUAUAGACAGCACUGCAGGAAAGCAGACAUGGAAACUUCAGCAGAGGAACAGAAUUCUGUGUCAUUCAGCAACUUUUCAUUUCUCUUUAAUACUUUGACAAAAAUUAAACUACUAUAUGCAGACUCACUUUUGAAAAUUCAGGAAAAGAGAAUCCAAGCAUGCAUACGGCUGGCGGGCUUUAUGGAAGGGGAGGAUUCGGAGCUGGCUUUCUUGCCCACCUUUAACCUAACCGUCAGAAGGAAUCACUUGAUUGAGGAUGUUUUGAAUCAGCUUACUCAGUUUGAGAAUGAAGACUUAAGGAGGGAGUUGUGGGUUUCCUUUACUGGAGAGAUUGGGUUUGGCUUUAGAGGAGUCAUGACAGAGUUUUUCUACUGUCUGUUUGAAGAGAUGACCCAGCCAGAAUAUGGGCUAUUCACCUACCCUGAAGAGGCUUCCUGCAUGUGGUUUCCUGUCAAGCCUAAGUUUGAGGAAAAGAGGUACUACUUCUUUGGGAUGCUCUGUGGACUCUCUCUCUUCAAUUGCAAUGUCGCCAACCUCCCUUUCCCACUAGCACUGUUUAAGAAACUUUUGGGCCAAAAUCCAUCAUUGGAAGACUUGAAGGAACUCAGUCCUGUUUUAGGAAAGAGUUUGCAGUUCCUUCUAGAUAAUGAAAGCAGUGACUUUGAAGAAAUAUUUUACAUCCAUUUUAAUAUACAUUGGGACAGCAAGGACGUAGACUUGAUUCCUAAUGGAAGUUGUGUAAUUGUCAACCAGACUAACAAGAGUGAUUAUAUUUCUAAGUGUGUCAAUUACAUCUUCAACAUCUCUGUAAAGGAAGUGUAUGAUGAAUUUCAGAGGGGAUUUUAUAAAGUGUGCAAUAAGGAGAUUAUUCAGUGUUUUCGUCCUGGAGAACUGAAGGAUGCCAUCGUUGGAAAUACAGACUUUGACUGGGAAACAUUUGAAAAGAAUGCACGUUAUGAACAAGGGUACAGCAGUUCACACCCCACCAUUGUGAUGUUUUGGGAGGCUUUACACAAACUAUCUCCAGAAGAAAAGAAGAAAUUCCUUGUGUUUCUUACAGGAACUGAUAGAACACAAAUAAAAAAUUUGAAGAACGUGCAAAUAACAUUUCUCUGUCCUGAACAUUUGAAUGAGAAAGACCCCAUGCAAGCGCAGACGUCUUUCUGUCUUCUCUACCUCCCUAAGUACUCCACCAUGGAACGAGUGGAGGAAGCACUGCAGUUUGCCAUCAGCAACAACAGAGGGUUUGGCUAAUACUGCACUAUUAUCUUUACCUCUUAGAGAAAAUAUUAUUCUAAAUAAAGUUUAAUUUGCAGAAUCAAACAGA